GGAAAGGACACCGCCUACAAACAACUAUAUAGCUGCAGCACUAUAGCCUGCGAACGUGUUGCACGCAAUCGCACUCGUCGCAGUGGUGACACGGUAAUCGACUCAAAAUGACCGACUCCGCGAUCGACGGCUGCCGGAACGGCAAUUCGGUAUAAAUAUAAUAUUAUGCAACCACGACGGUAGUAAACAUUUUUGAAAAAAUGAUUCUUACACGCGUUCAAAGUGGAAUGUCAGAAAAUUAAAUAUCCAUAUACCGAGUGCCGGGACCGUAGUCAGCUAUUAAGUUACACGAAGUAUUUUUACACGGUGCUGUCGCUGUGUGUAUAGACUUCAACGAGCUGAGACGCGUGAGAUCCUCUGAAAUAUGACGACAACGGGUCCUGCAGCGUUGGUCAUGCACAACGUGUCCGAUGAUUUGGAAUACUACGCAGAUCUGACCACGAUAGUCCAGCGGGACGCUGCAGCGGAAUCUGCGACCGUCUCGCCAGCGUCCCCCGGACACUUGUUGUCCGUCGACUACCCGUUCGCAAUCAGCAAACAGUCGACUCCGACCCCUACGGCCGUCAUCGAUUACGCAGUCAGAAACGUUUCCGUGGCUCUGUGCCAUCAGCCCACCGGCAUACCAUCUGUCGAAGAGUACUUUACCGCUAUAAACCUGACAGGAGUGACGAUAUUUACGGUUGGUGCAGUGAUCGUGGCCAUGAUCUUCUACCUGUAUGUGGACACUUUGAGGUGUAUCAUCAAAAAUGCGCCACCCAUGGUUAAAACCCACUCGGCGUUCAUACUUAGCGUAUACCCGGUCGUCGCAGUGGCCACUUAUUGCGCAAUCCUAGUGCCUAGAGCCCACCUUCUGGCCGAAGCCAUGACUCAGGGCAUGUUUAUGGCUUCGAUGUAUCAACUGUUCUGUCUAUUCAUGGCGUACUGCGGUGGCGAAGCCAAUCUCAUCGCUUCCGUAAAACCACAGUCGUUGGACAUGCAAGUGCCACCCUGUUGCUGUUGGCCAUGCUGCUGUUUUUUGCCUAAAUUCACGCUCACUAAGAAACAUCUAAGGCACCUGAGAAUGUUGGUGCUACAAUUGCCCGUCGUCCAGGGUUUCGUGUACAUGGUGUUGCUCGUCAUGUGGGCUGAAGAAGAGAGCUUGUACCAAGUCAACUACAUGUACAUGCAACCGUUCAUCGUGAUAUCCAUCAUAUGCGGCAUGUGGGGCAUCUCGAUGACCAUGCGAGUGCUCGGAGAUAUCCUCAAGGAUCACAGCAUCCAAGGGAAAUUUGUGGUGCUCCAACUGGUGCUGGUAUUGGCCAAGUUACAGGGACUGGCGUUUAGAGGGGUAGUAUGGGCAGGGUGGUUACCCUGCAAGCCUCCGAUCUCGCCCACCGUCUAUGCGAAUCUGAUAUACAAUUCGACCAUGCUGUGGGAAAUGUUGGUGUUGGCCGCGUUGGCCAGGAAGCUCUACAAGAAACCGUUGCCGGACCAGUGUUUCGUCGACCCUCCGAAGAUCACCUGUUGCGUUGAUAUGCCCAGCAACCAGGAAAACAACAACAUCAUAGCCGGCACGUACAACCAGUGUUUCGACAUGAACGCUUAGAAAAAUGUAUAAAGUCGGUGUUUGAGUUAGUACAUCAUCAAUGGCACACGCGGAGAUGACCGUCGUGGGCGCCUCUGUAUCGGUUUUCGACUUUGACAACGACAUACACGAUGAUGUAAUCCACGCGUACUUAUAUAGAUGUACCCAAUAUAAUAUUAUAUAAUAGGCAUAGGCAUAGGCGUGCGCAGAGUUUAAUCGCAGCAGGGUAUGCGGCUGUCAAAAUGUGCUCCUCGAAACCACAGAUAAAAAUAGUGAAAUUCUCUUAUAUACCAGAUACCUACCUAUACAGUUGCAGCCUUGAUGAAAAUAUUUAUUAUUUAUUAAUUAUUAGUAUUUAUUACUACUGCAGCUGCCUACUCGAACCCGAUGUUGUGCACAUUUAAAUGUUUGUAAAUAUAUUUAUGUACUUUUCAUGUGUUAAGGGGGAUUUAAACUCCCCUACCUCCCCGUGCCUACGGUCCCGUCCGCACCAGCAGGGUACCUACUUAUUGCGCAAGCGCAUACCCUGUACAGUGUACACCAGACUCGUACAAUACGCUCAUGCCUAUUAUACAUCUUUACUAUUUUAUGCUAAUAGUGCUAACUUCACCGUCGCUUUACAUAGCUGAUACCUCCUAUUCGGAAUACUGAUUUAUCUACUAUAGUAUAAUUAUUAUAGGUUAUUAUGUAAUAUUGCCUAAUAGUAGUGUAUUAGCGUAUGAGCCACGAUUUAAGAUAGUAAGUUUUAAGAAUCGUGGUAUACUGGUAUGAACGGAUCCAAUUUCUUCGGAAUCGUCGAAAAGUGAAAAGAGCACACACAACAUUAUAUUAAUAUAUUAUUAUACUUUGUAACCGACCAAAGAUGCGUUUUUAUACCUACACUGUACAUUUUUUUUUUAUUUUUAAAUAUAUUUUUACGAAACAUUUUAUCUUUUA